GGUAGACUGGAUAUAGCUUGAACAUAAUGCCCAAACCACAAAUAGACAUAACGAAAAAAUCAUCGAUUGACCAUGAAAAAAAUGUAUGAAAUCUUAAUCACCGCAGGCUUUCUCGUCGCAGGUCUGUAUGCAGAACAGUGCUACACGAACUCAGGAGGUGUGUACAGCGCCGGAAGUAUAUACCGGAACCUGAAAUACUGCGCGUUUGGUUGCUGCGGACCUGCCUUAAAUCGUUACUGCUGCCCUAUCAUUGGACCAAUCAUCGGAAUUUGUCUGGGAGCCAUUGCUUUCAUCGUCAUUCUCAUUGUCAUCAUCGUCUGUUGUAGAAAAUAUGCAGAGAAGCAAGCCAGGCGCCACGCUGAUUUAAAAAUACAUAUAGGUCCUACCCUAGCUAGUCGUUAUGAUCCUCCCCAGUAUGACACCGAGUCUAAUCACGCAAGCAGCAGACAAGACUAUCAAUUAAAAUCACACUCUGUUCGAGAUGCAUCCUCACAUCGCGUGUACGAUGAACGUUCAGAUGACAUCGAUUAUCGUCCUCAUCGGAAAAGGAAUACAGAUGAUCCACAUCACUCACGUGAUGAUGCUCGACUUGUUAACAAUCGUAACAGUUAUAGAAGUGAGAAGAGGUCGUCAAGGAGGUCAGAAGCACAUGGGCACAAUAAUCGGCGAGGGUAUCACAGUGAUGAUGAUCGGCGACACGAUUAUCGCGAUAGUCAUCGUGAACGACAUCAUCAUAGCUAUGAUCGUGAAAGAGAACGUCAUCAUAGUCGUUCUCGAGAGCGUUAUAUGGAUCGUAGUUACGAUGACGAUGACUACUCUGACGAAGAAAGGUAUAGACGUUCUAGUCAUCGCAGAUCACGAUACAGUGAUCCACCUCCAUAUCGCGAGAGAUCACGAGACUUUGAUAGGUAUGACCGCCAUUCUCAUCGCAGAUCAAGAUCUAGAGACCGCCAUUAUGACAGAUGAUUGUGAUCCAUGUUAAUCAUUAAUAAUCACGAGCCAUGCUAAUUCUAAAUGAUUAUAAUUAAACCGAAUGUUUUCAUAGAUCCCUGGGAAAUACGUGAUUGUAUUUUGUUUAUAAAAAUCCUAUAGCAUAAUUUUGAACAAAAAUGCUAAAUUAUUACAGUAAAACAGUUGUGACGCAAAAAUUACAAUGUAUGUAAUAUAGCUGUAUGCUUAAAAAUAACUUUGCAGACGUAUAAUUUCAUUUCUGGUACAAUAACUGUGUA